AUGAAGACGUUGAGUAUCUUCCCUCUUAUGGGCCUUCUUGUCCUUCAGUCAGAGAUAUCAUCUGGAACAAGGAUUCCAUUACAGAAACCAGGGUUGUGUCCAUUUGUUGCUGGAAGGUGUCGGAUGCUCAACCCCCCCAAUGACUGUGAUUAUGACUUCCAGUGCAAAGGCCACCUGAAGUGUUGUGAAGGGAUAUGUGGAAGAGAGUGUGUCCAACCAGUAUAUGAGAAACCUGGGACUUGCCCAAUAGUUCGUGCUUCCUGCUUGUUGUCACGUGAAUGA